GCACAAUGGAGUCGUUCAACAAGUUCACGCAGUCGGUCAGCACCAACUGGACGCCGUUCGCCGACAAGGUUGGCAAGAGCUUCACGCAGUACAAGCAGCUUGCGACUGAGAAGCUGGCCAACAACGCCGAGGUCACCAGCCUGCCCAACGACUAUGUCCAGCUGGAGCAGCGCUACGAGGCUGUGCGCCAUGCGACGCAGUCGCUCGUAAAGCUGGCCAAAUCCUACACUGCCGCGCCCACGCACUACGACGUGCAGACUCUGCAGAACCAGCUGGCGAACCUGACUGAGGACCAGACGCCCAACACGCACCAGCAUGCGAUGGCGCGCACGGCCCUGGAGGUGUCGGAGAAGGUUGGUCUGGAGGAGCCUCUGGGCGCAGCGCUGUUCAAGUUCGGCUCGAUUGAAGAGAAGGUUGGCGACGGGAAGCUGGCCCAGGACAAGACGAUCCAGGACAAGUUUGUUGCGCCUAUGAUGGCCACUAUCGAGUCGAGCAUUGCCUUGGCGCAGAACGCGCGCAAGGAGGUGCAGGCUGCCCGCCUGACUCUGGACGCUGCAAAAUCGACGUUCAAGAACUCCGUGCCUAGCCGGGCUGAUGCGGCUCGCAGAGAUGUCGAAUCCGCCGAGGACCGCUUCGUGACCAUCGUUGAGGAAGCCAUGAACCUGAUGCGGGCGGUGGUCGGGUCGCCUGAGCCCCUGCGCUACCUGUCGGAACUGGUGAACGCGCAGCUGGAGUACCACAAGGCCGCAGCCUCGCUGCUCAGCGACCUGGCGCCCGAGAUUGACGAGAUCCAGGUCACCCAGGAGGCGCUCUAUCGCCACGAGAACAAGUAAACAUACUUUAUCUCAACCACACACUAGCUUGCUUAUGCCUCGAUUUGUUUCGUACGUAAUUCAAUCUCUAUCGAUACCUUCUAC